GUAGCAGAUGAACUAAUAUUAUUUUGAGGUGAAAAUUGGCGAAGAGAGACUAUGUCAAUUUGACUUGGUUAAUCUUCAUGUUGCCAUCGUCCAAGCACUGUAACAGAAAAGAUUGAUCCUCAUCAACAAUGUAAAGAAUUGAAAUCUUUUACCACCAGAAAGAGACAGGAACGCAAACUGUGUUUCUCGUUUAUCACUAUUCCUUCGGAGAUGGAGAUACUGUGUCUUGUUGAUUCAUCAUUUUUAAAGAGGAGCCUAACUCGGAUAGAAUUAAUCCCUAAUAAAGAGGGAAAUAAAUCUGUGAAGAAGAAAGGUUGUCAAUGGCUAUACACAACACAUGAUGAAGCAAUUUAUGAAACAGCUGUGGAGAGCCUUCAAAACUUGACUGGAGAUUCUGUGUUUAAGUUUGAGCCAUUUGUUUUACAUGUUCAGUGCAGGUCCCUGAGCAAUGCUCAAUCCCUGCUAAGUUGUGCGGUGGCAUCUGGAUUUAGGAACUCUGGUAUCAGUAUUGGAAAUAAAGGAAAGAUAAUUGUUGCUGUGAGAAGUACCCAUGGUUUGGAGGUGCCAUUGUCUCAAGACGGAGAACUUUUAGUAACAAACAUGUAUAUAGAAAAACUCGUUCAAAUUGCAAAUCAAAAGAUUCAAGAAAAUUUCCUAAGAAUUGACAGAUUCCAUAAGAAUGUGACAUCAUUAAAAGAAUCAUUAGAGGCUGAAGAUGUUUGUGACAAUACAUCGAAUAUUAAAAAGAAAAAAGUGAAACGUGAAAAAUUGGAAGCAAGACUUGAUGCAAAAAAAUCUGUGAAAGAACGGUCAGGAGAUUCUAAUGAAAUGACCAGUGAUGAUUUGUCAGCAUGUUCAUUUAUAUUUGAAAAUGUGACCUGAAAAAAAUGUGAUAUUAAAGAGUUAAAAAUGCAAAA